UCUGUGUUUUGUCUACUUUAAGGUCGUUUGUAUGCAAUGCAAACAGGGAUGAAGAUUGAUAGUAAAACCCCAGAAUGCCGCAAAUUUUUAUCUAAACUUAUGGAUCAGUUGGAAGCUAUGAAAAAACAAUUUGGUGAUAAUGAAGCAAUUACUCAGGAAAUUGUUGGUUCUGCUCAUGUGGAGAAUUAUGCUUUGAAAAUGUUUUUAUAUGCAGACAAUGAAGACAGAGCUGGGCAGUUUCAUAAAAACAUGAUAAAGUCCUUUUACACUGCCAGUCUCCUGAUAGAUGUUCUGACAGUUUUUGGGGAGCUCUCUGAAGAGAAUGUUCAGCACAGAAAGUAUGCCAGGUGGAAAGCAGCAUACAUUCAUAACUGCUUGAAAAAUGGAGAGACUCCUCAGCCUGGACCUAUUGGAAUGGAAGGAGAGACUUUUGAUCUUGAAAGAGAAGAGGCAGGGUCAUCUUCUCACCAGAGUGGAACAAAUCAACCAACUUCAUCAUCAUCUACGUAUGAAGCUAACAACACACCAACUAGUAAUUUCACUGGCAUACAUGUACCACCAGGUGCCCAUGCACCAGCCAAUACUCCAGCUGAAGUACCUCAUAACACAGGAGUGACGACUAAUACCAUUCAACCUUCUCCUCAAAAUAUUCCUCCAGUAGAUCCUUCCCUUUACAGUGCUCAGUCUGCAGGGGAAGUUCGUUUGACUCCAGAGGACUUUGCCAGAGCUCAAAAAUACUGCAAAUAUGCUGGCAGUGCUUUACAGUAUGAAGAUGUGAGCACUGCUGUGCAGAAUCUCCAGAAGGCUCUCAAGUUACUGAUCACGGGCAAAGAAUAAAGCCUUUAAUCCAACAGAUUCAUGUCGUUUGCCUAAAGAACUAACAACUUAUUACUGUACCAGUUAGGGGAGUGGAAAUAUACAGAAGCUCACCAUCUCAUCACCUAUGAUAAUGAAAUCACUCUUUCAGUGUCAGUAGGACGCUUCAUUUUUAAAACAGUGGAGCUAGGAGCAUAUGAAUGCAGUUGUUUGAUGUAAGCAAAAUACUAAAGAAUGUACUGUGAACACUGCUGAAGCAGUAGAAUUCAUGUUUCAAUAUUUCAAUAUUUAGAUUAUCAGUAUGGGAAAUCUCAAAUCUGCAAAAAGGUUGAACAUAACAAUGUUCUGUUGAAAUUCUGGCUCUGCUUUCAUUUUUUUCAAACAAUUAUUUAAGAAGUUUAAAUAGCUUUAAAAUGGUAACAAAAUUCACGACUUCCUCCAGAAAAGAAAGCAUGUAAGAAGACUGACACAUACACAAUGGGAAGGACUUUUUUCCAUACCUAAAUUAUUUGAGUAUCAUCUGAGACAUAAAGUUAAGCAGGACUUGAGGUUAUUUGUAUAUUAUUUUAAUACAUGCACUGAAAACAUUUCUUGAUACAUCAAGGAGAGUAAUUUUGAUUGCAUUCCAACCCAUCCACCAACAACUGAGUGGACUGCUGCAUGCAGUCUUGAUCACUGAUUCUUUGCAUGAACACUGGGAAUUUUGUAUAUGUGUGGUUAACUAAGAGAAAGUACUAAUAUUUAGUGGAGAUGAUCCUGAAACCAGGGACAGAGAUGCUAAACAGCGUGAACUUUUAGGGAGAUUUACUUCAUAGAUGUUUCAUCUCUUUAAUAAACUGAAUCAAAGGACAGUUCAACCAUUUGGUUCAUCUUUGGUAUUAGUGAUCUAGAAGUUUGUAUUCCCAGCUAAUAUUCUUUCUGUCUGCUAUGUUGUGGAGGCUAUUUGGACUUGGGAACUAAUUAAAAUAUCUUGGAAAUAGAAUUUUGAGUCUUUUUUAAGUGUGCUCCUGCUAUUUUAGGGCUCUUGGUUGUUAAGAAUUCAUCCUUGCAGUUUGAAAGACUAAGUAGUCUUUUAACUGGCAUGACAUAGGAAUUGAGUACACCACAAAGUAUGUCUGAUUUAUGUAAUAUCUUUUAACAUUGGAUUGUCUGAUAUGUCUGUCUUUCCAAGCUGUUGGAUCGAAUGCAUAUCAUUUGUAACUGCACUGUUUUUGCAGCAUCUUAAAUGUGUCUGAAACUAGAAGCAAAAAGUUGAGGAAAAUAAAAUCAAGCAUAAGCAUGCAUUAAAACCUAGCUGAUGGUAUCAUUUUAUGAGAGCAGACUGAGUCUGUUUGUCAGCAAGUUUGAGAAGGGUAGUGCAAAAUUCGUUGAUGUAGCUUUAAGCAAGAUAUAAUAGAUAGAACACCUCUGGAACUGCUUGUGUUUUGCUUUCUGCUAUGGGCAUGGCUUUGUUGGUAUGGCGUGCUAUCUGGAUAGUGAUUUGGAUUAGAUUUUAACUGGCUUGGGAUGUUUAGAAUAAAUCUGAAACUUUUUUGACAAUUAUGUUGUAUAUACCUAGUCAAUAAGCCUAUGUUUUGUGUAGUGUUUCAUGCACGAUAGCUCCUUCAGUAUCAAUCUGAAUUUCUAUGAAUUCUUCCAUGUGAAUCCUUCUAUUCUGUUACAAUGUGAUUGGAAAAGCUACUUUUUAGUUCAAUGAAGGAAGUGGAACAUUGCAUAUAUAUUCCAUUGCUAUUAAAAAGAAAUAUCAAAAGUUGCUUUCAUUUGUGCAUCAUAUCACCAUUUACAAAUACUGGAUUCAGUCCCCAGGCCCUGAUGAAUGGAGGUCAUUUUUCCUGUAUCUUUUUAUAAAAUAGUAAAAGAAUUUUUAGACUUUUAUACUAAACCAGCUUUGAUGUAAUAGUGUAUUAAUUUGAGGCUUUUCAAUGAAAUUAAUUUUUUCAUAGUGAUUGAUAUGAAGGUGGCUGAUAACUAAAUUGAAACAUUUAUUAAAGUGUGUAAAAAGACUAUUUUGGUCAUGUUUAUGUUGAAACUCUACGAAACUGGAGAAUCAUCAGAGAAAAAAGUAAGCUAUGAAAAAGCCGUAAGUGAUCAUUUACAAAUGUAUAACUUUCAGUCUAUAAAAACAAAAUAUUUCUCUGACUGGAAUGGAGAUAAAAAUACUCUUACAAAAGUUAAAGAGUAGCUGGCUAGAGAAAAUAUAAGAUCACUAUUUCUGAACAUAAAGUAGUAGUUAGAAGAUUGAUCAUGUAAAAUUCAUAUGAACACAGUAAGAUCAAACACACCCUAAAUGCUGAUUUUCAUACCGCAAUACUUAAAUUAGCAUUUUAAAUUAUAUUUUACAUAAAAUUAUUUUGUCCUGACCAUUUAUUUUUUUAAUGUAGAAGCUUACCAAAAUUUUUUUUGAAGCUACAUAUCGAAGCUGCUUAUGUUUGAUGCAACAUAUUCUAAGUAUUUACCAUCUUAACUGAUGUCUAAAGUAAAUUAUAGCAUAGCAUUUCUAUUCCACUAAGUAUCACCUCUGGGUUUUUUUAAAUGUGGCAGGCAGAUAGCCUGAAACUUCAAGCCCGUGUUGCAGAAUUGUUCAAAAAUUGUAGAUAUUUAAAAGUGGCAGGAGAAUGUAGGUGGACUGCCUGUAAUUAUUCCAAAUUGGAAUAAGUGAUAGGCAGUGGAAUUUAUGGCCUCAUUGUUAA